CGGUUCACAAUUACAAUAAGUGCUGCAGUAUAGCAGAUAAAUCGAUAAGUGACAGCUUCAAAAGCUCACCAAUGAUAUUCAAUGAUGAUUGUUCGACCUUCCGUUAUAAAUUCCGACGACGACUUAUACGCCACCGUCUGGACAAUAUCAGCUGGAAUUAAGAAUGCCGGCAUCAUCAACUCAUCGCACAAAAGUGUGAAUAGUUCUCAAGCAGCAAAUGUGCGGAAUACAAUUUUCAAUAAAACAGCUCUAAAAAUGCCAUAUGGGAUGUAUUACAGCGCCAACAAUAACAAUAAUCAAAUAGAAAAUAGCAACAAUGGGUCAGAGUCGCAGUCACGCACUCCCAUAGCUGGUGUAGAUUCAACUUAUUCGAGAUCGAACAGCUCGCUCGUGUAUGGUGACACCGAAUUGGAUGUCAUCAAUCGCUCAUUGUUGUUGACAACAGCUGUCAGUGACAACGCAACGCCGCCCAGCAACAUCAUUCACAUUCCGCCAUCGUUGCUUAUGGCCAAUACCACGAAUAACAUUACGACUGCCAUCGAUGCGGACGAGGAAUGGGUGCGUUUUUACGAUUUAAUGCUGUCGUGGCAGGGCAUUUGUCUAAUUGCUGUCUUCAGCACAUUCAUUGUGGUCACCAUUAUUGGCAACACGCUCGUCAUAUUGGCCGUUAUAACAACGCGCCGCCUUAAGACGGUCACGAACUGUUUUGUGAUGAGUUUGGCCGUAGCUGAUUUAUUGGUGGGGAUAUUUGUGAUGCCGCCAGCGGUUGCCGUUCACUUGAUAGGCUCCUGGCGUCUGGGUUGGGUGCUCUGCGACAUUUGGAUAUCUCUCGAUGUGCUGCUCUGCACGGCGUCCAUUUUGAGUCUUUGCGCGAUUAGCGUGGAUAGGUACUUGGCAGUUACGCAACCUUUGACAUAUUCACGCAAAAGGCGUUCAAAGCGUUUGGCCUUCUGCAUGAUUUUGGUUGUGUGGGUGUUGGCAUUGGCCAUUACAUGUCCGCCGAUGUUGGGUUGGUAUGAGCCGGGUCGCCGAGAUCUGAAUGAAUGCCGGUACAACCAGAAUGAAGGAUAUGUGAUUUUCUCCGCCAUGGGCUCAUUUUUCAUUCCGAUGGCCGUUAUGAUUUAUGUUUAUGCGCGAAUUUCUUGUGUCGUUGCAUCACGCCAUGACCACAUGACUGACAUUAGUGUGCAUAACAAGAAAUUCAAGCGCUACACAGCCGCCGACGUCGACAAUGACAUUGACCAUGAGUUCUCUGAGCAGGAGCUCAGUUCGGGUCAGCGAAAGCAGGCAGCUGCCCGAACCUUUUCCAAUCAAACCAUUGGCAAGGAGUUACACGACGUGGUGCUGUCCGAAACUGAGACUGGCGCCGCCAAUGCAGCAACAGCAAUUAGCGGGGGCAAUGGCGGCGGUUCCUCUUCAUAUUGCCACUCACUAUUGACUUUGUCCACAGCGAAUGCCAAGAAUAGUUGCUACGAAUUGACGCGCCCCUCAUCAUUGAAACGUACGCCCACAUCGUCGUCCACCUUGACAGUCAUGACAAGCGGUUGUGGUGGCACGAGCGGCACAUGUGGCGGCGCCAGCGGAGCUCUGAAUGUCGCCGCAAUUGGCAGUACAAACGCCAGCGAUCAAAAUUGGCCCACACGUACACACAGCGCCCGACAUCAUCAUCACUUUGGCACUUCGGGUGGCAGCAUUGGCAUCAGUGCGAACACUUCGGUUGGCAAUGUGGCCACCUCACCAAAUUUGCAGCCCGAAGUCGCUGCACUGACGCGACAAAGUCGCAUACAGCAGCAGCAACAUCAUCAUCAUCACAAAUCCUUUUCGAAUCGCAUUACCUCGCUAAAGAAGGAGAAUAAAACUACGCAAACGCUGAGUAUUGUUGUAGGUGGCUUCAUUGCUUGUUGGCUGCCAUUUUUCAUCUACUAUCUGAUAACGCCCUUCCUGGCGGAGCAUCAAGUUAGCCGGACACUGGCGAAGGGACUCACCUGGCUGGGAUGGUUCAAUAGCGCCAUAAAUCCGUUCAUUUAUGCAUUUUACAGUGUUGACUUUCGGGCGGCCUUCUGGCGACUCACAUGCAAACGCUUCUGUAGCGGCUCGAUGAAACCGCAAUUUCCAACGAAUACCAUGUCCAUAAGGCGAUAG